AUGUCUCUUAAUUCUACAAAGCGAACACCAUGUUAUUUUGUUGGCCAUGGAAGUCCAUUCAUAGUACUCCACCAGCACUCAGAAGCUCAUAAAUUUCUUCAAAGAUGGGGAAAAAAAGUUGAACAAGAAAUUAAACCAAAGGCCAUCGUCAUAAUCUCCGCUCAUUGGGAAACUGAUGAUAUGGUUAAAGUUGGGAAGUUUGAAGGCGAUACACCGCUUUUUUUCGAAGAGCUUCCUGAACCGUUGGCUAAGGAAACUUAUAGCGCUAAAGGUUCUCCAGAACUGGCAGACAAGAUCGUUGCUUUAUUAACUCAGGCUAAUAUAAAAGCGAUGGUGGAUACGGAACGUGGAUACGAUCAUGGUGCUUGGGCACCUCUUAAAAUAGCAAUUCCUGAACCAAAAGAUCUACCGGCUGUGCAAAUUUCUCUUAUUCGUAACGCGUCAUAUGAACAGCAUAUUAGAGUUGGCCAAGCUUUAGCUUCUUUAAGAAACGAAGGAAUCCUUUUUGUUGGCUCAGGCGGAAUGGUUCACAAUUUUGAGGAAAUCAUGAAAUACUUUGACUUUGCAAAACUGGACUUUGGAGGCGAAGUACGUCCAUAUAAUGACCCUUUCGACAGAGAUAUUGUAUCAUACUUGACAGAAUUCAAAGGCGAGGAGAGAGACCAAAAAUUGAUUAAUUUGGCAAAUCAUCCACUUUUAAGACAAGCUCAUAUAACAGAUGAACACCUUGUUCCUCUUCACGUUAUUGUCGGUACUGGUGGGCAGGAUCCAGCAAGGAGGAUUUUUGAAGAAAAGCUUUCUGCGAUGAGCUAUAGUGCUAUAGAAUUCUAUGAAAGUUGA